AUGAUUAAAAAUUUCUUCAAUAAUUUACCACCUGUUAAAGAUUACUAUUACUCUUAGUCUAAAAGUAUCAAUAAUAGUGAUUCAAAAUAAUUAUCUAAAAUAAAUAAAAAUAAUAUUUCCACAAACGACUCAAAAUUUGAUUAGGACUCUGUUAUUUAGAGUCCUUUAAGUAAGAGCAAUGAAAGAUUAUUUCAAUCUUUUAGUAGUUCCUAAAGAUCAUUCUUUUCAUCACUUUAGCAAAGCUAAUCUGGUUUUAGUAAAAGUAAUGAUGAUUCUAUGAGAUCAUUUUAAGAUAAAUACAUGCAAUCUUUUGUAACAGAGAGAUAAAAAAGAAUAAUUAAAAUAUAAAAAACGUAAGAAUAAAAGAAUAAAACCCUCUUAAACUUCUCUUAAUUCAGUUAAGAAGAAAGUGAAGUUACUUAUGAAAAAAUAAAUAUAGUGAAUAGGUUAAGCAAUUCUAUAAGAUUAGGUGGUUAGUUAAACAAAACAAAAUCAGAUACAGCAUUCUAAAUUAACUAAGAAAGUACCCACACUUUUAAUCAAAAAUAGCAAGAACAACACAUAAAUUUAAUUGAAAACAUAAAGCAAACAAUUGAAAUUACUCCUAAAAAAUAUAUUUAUGCAAGAAUUAACAUUUCGAAUUAGCAACUUCCUCUUAGAUUCUCUUGUGAAAGUGAUAAAGAAGAUUAUUCAAUUUAUUUUAGCUUUUAUGACUAAUAUCCAGAUAAAAAUAAUUCUAUCACUAUUCCAAAAAAGAGAAAAUCUCAUCUUUAUAAGGUUGGAAAUGAAACAAUUCAAACUAAGUACUUUUAUUUCAGCUUCUACUCUGAAAUUAAAGUUUAAGUUAUCUUAAAGGUGUGGUUUAAUGAGAAAAUAUUUGAAAGCUUUAGACAUACAAAGGAGUCCAAGAUUGGGAUAAAGGCUUAAUAAAAAGAAUUUUAAAGACAAUUAAUGAAAAAAAUUAUGGAUGAUAAAAAAUUGUAAAUUUAAGAAAAAGAGAAAGCUAAAUUUAUGAUGCUAGAAUAAAUCAGGGAAGAAAAGUUUCAAGGAUAAGAAGUUGAAGAAUAAAUACUCAGAUUUUAUUUGAACUAAAAGCUAAAGGAAUAGUAAAAACAGGAAUAUAUAGAAAGGAACAAACUGGUUAUAUAAAAUACCCAAGUAAAAGGAAUGUGGGAAAGUAGAGAACAGAAAUAAGAAAUAUUUUAAUAGCAUAGAAAGAAAUUAGAAGAAGCAAAAUAGCGAUAUUAAUUCAUAUAAAGCUUAAAUUUCAAAAAUAAAGUUUAAACCAUAGUUUAAAAAUAAAUCCAAAAGUAAAUAACUCUAGACUAGGUUAAAUAGCAGGUUAAAGAGAAAAAAAUUUAAGAAACAUGUUUGAAGUGGCUGUAAAUUUUGAAUUUGAUCAAAUUUAUGAAUUAAAUUGUCCAUAGAGUAUAAUACAGUAAGAUUCUCAAAGUUUUCAGCACCAAAAAUAGGUAGAUCAGUCAGAAAAUCAAAAAAUAGCAUCAAAUUUCUCUUAUAAAAGAACCAGAAAGUUACCAUUUAAGAAUGUUAGUUAAUAUCAAAAGGAGGCUCAUGAUGGUAAAGAUUUUAUUUGAAAAGGGUUUAGAAAGUUUAAAAUAGUAAUAGUAUCAGUCAAAAAAGCUUGUUAGAGGAUAGUAAGUUAAACCAAAGAUAGAUUUUUCGCUCCUUCAGUUUAUCAUUUAUCUAAAAUAAUCAGCAAAGAAUGGAAUUUGCAAGAAUUACAUAUAUCGCUAAUUAAGAGAUUUAAAAAUGAGAUUACGUGAAGCAAGGAAUUAGAAAUAAGAAUAUUAAAACUCUUUAAGGCAUCUUUAUCUUGUUAAAGAGAGAUAAUAACUGAUGGAUAUAUUGUUAUAUGAAUUAGAAUCAUUAAAAGAAAGGUAUGGCUCUGAAUAAAAGAUCAGAAUUUCUUGA